AUGUGUCCUUUUAUUAAAAAUUACAUAGGCAAAAAAAAUUAUGCAUACUUCAGAUCCUUCAUUACAGCACUUACUAUGGCAGCAAUUUCCUUUGAAAUAGAAUUUUUAUGUUUCGUUAUACUCAUUGCAACAACAGUUCAAAAAAUUCAGCAAAUUCUUAUCAUUAUUUUGAUGAUUCCAUUUGGAAUUUGCAUACUGUUAGUUUUUGAUUUACUUAUAACUCAAAAAUUUUGA